AUGCGUCUGGCUAUUCUAGCGCCUCCUUGGCUUCUCUUCAGUUGCUGUCUAGCCAAGCAGUCCUCUCAGAUCCUAGGCGGUCCAUUCUCACUGGGAUCCUCCGGAUCAGCCAUUCAGCACACUUUGGACAGCAUCAUACCCACCACCGACCCCAACUCAGGCCGCGUGAAGUGCUGUCCCAUCGGUACUGAUUUCGACGGCAAGAGUUGUAUCAUCACCGGGCCUUCAUGCCCUCCUGGGACGUACCGCAAGGGCAAGCACUGUCUUCACAACGCUCCUCCGGAAUGCGCCAACGGCUACGAGUACAGCGACGGCCAGUGCACCUCUCGGAAGCCGCCUGCCUGUGACCAUGGCACUGUUCUUGUUGGCAAACACUGUGUUCAUGAGCGUGCUCCCACCUGUGGCGAGGGGUUCCAGCUUCGUGGUGCCAUCUGCGAGUCCCUUAAGAAGCCUCAGUGCCUUGAGGGUGAUGUCGUUCACGGAGCCAGCUGCGUGACGCCCGAAGGCCCAUCUUGUCCUAACGGAUCCAAAGUCGAAGGCGCUUCGUGUAUCUCCAAGAAGGACCCUCAAUGUCCGCCGGGAGCCCGCUACGUGUCCUCGAGCCGGCAAUGUAUGUCAGAGAAGUCCCCUCAAUGCCCUGAUGGGGCGACUCUUGAGUUCGGCCAAUGCACCUCUUCCGAAGGGCCAAAGUGUCAAGGCGACUCGACAUUUGAUCCUGAACGUGGAUCCUGCACAGUGAGCAGCAAGCCUCAAUGCCCUGGCGAGACAACGCUCCAAGGACAAUCAUGUGUGGACGUGAGCGAAGCCAACGGCUGGAUGCUAGAAGCAGAUCAGUGCGUGAAGCGAGGAGUUCCGAAUUGCCCCAACAACACCUAUCCGGAUGGUGAUACCUGUGUAUCCACCUUGGAAGCGCCCGGCUGCCCCGAGGGAUACCUGUACCACGACUCAAAAUGUAUUCUCCGAUCAAGUCCCACAUGCACCGGGAAGACGAUCCUCGAGGGCGACAAAUGCGUCAGCUACGCCAAGCCAACGUGUGACGACCAGAAUGUGCGCGAGGAGUGCUCCACGAUGGCGCCUGCGUCAUCGGGAGCAAGCCUUCUUGUCCUGAAGGCACUGCUUUUGAUGGCGUCGGGUGUUUAUCCAUCAAGGACGCCCCGGUCUGCCCAUCUGGCUCAGUGCUCAACCAGGAAGGGCAAUGCGUCACUACCAUUCAAGCCACUUGUACACCACCAGCAGUCUACCGAGACGGCCGUUGUGUUCAUGGUCAGCCUGCAUGCCAAGCUGGACGGCAAGACUUUGGUCAAAGGGACCUGCGUCUCGAUCGAGAAAGAAACAUGCAAGCCCGGUUAUGUUCUCAAGGAUGGGCAGUGCGUGUCGGCGUUGCCGCCUAGCUGUGGAGAGAAUCAAGUUUUCAACGGCACUGGCUGCAUGGGAGUCACGCCUGACUGUCCUGAGAAUACCUAUUUCGAGAACGGCGAGUGCGUUUCGAGCAACGACCCCAAGUGCGAUGCAAACUUUGUCUUCAAUGGAAAGAGUUGCGUUGCUGUCAAGGAGCCUACCUGUUCCGAGGGUCACGUCUAUAACGCCGUCACCGGGGAAUGUUUCGCCAAGGCCGUACCUGAGUGCCAGGAGGACGAGGUUCUCGAGGACGGACGCUGCAAGUUGGUGACUGCGCCGUGCGUCGAGUACAAGUUCUGCUUGGCUGGCGCACAAGGGCUCAUCUCUGGGUCUGGUGGCCUACGCAAACCAGCUGGCGACUCCAAGGACAAAUCUCAGAAGCCUUUGACUGGGAAGCCUUCAUCCAGCGAAGACGUCAGUAAGGGAGCACCAGACGGUACGCAGGACAGCAUCCCUGUUGACGACCCAAUCAGCAAUAACGAAACAGCCAAACGCGAUACGCAGGCCGGCAAAGACAGCACUAAUCUGGCAGACAAAGAGCAGCCAGACAUCUCUAUAUCGCCAGGUGCAGAAACGAAUUCCGGGAACACGGGUACAGUUCCAGACUCGAAUGUCCAAGUACCCGAUCCUGCCACGAUACCCAAGGGCGGAUCUGGGGGACGUGAGAACCGCGCCGGAGCGGACGGGUCCACAGAGCCUCAGUAUCCCCCAAGUGGCGAGGGUGAGGCUAGCUAUGCUGGUCAUGGAUCUGGUUCAGGGGCAUCUGGCGCAGCUGAAGAUGGUGUUGGACGUGAAAAGGGUGGUAAAUGGGUCGAGUAUGAAGAAGAGAUCCCCGACCGUAGAAAACUCCGAAAGUGGAUUGCGGACGACGAUGCUGAUGCUCAUGGAGGCAUUCCAUCGGGCCAAGGUGGCACUGGCGGCCUGCCUUCUGGUGGUCUGCCUUCUGGUGGUCAAUGGAAGCUUGACGUCGACAUGGGGAGUCUUCCAGAUGGCCCGGGAGGAAACUUUCGAGCCGGCGGCGGUGAGCCAGAUAGCCAACAAGUCCCAGCCGGACAAACCAGCGAGGGCUCACAGCUAUGGGGGCCCGGGAAAAUGAAAGGAGCCUUUGCGGACUGGCAGAAAUCUGCAGAGGGCAUCCAGAAGCCAGCGGCAGAUGUUGCAGGUGAUUCUCAAAUGUGGAGUGGCGGAACCGGACAGAUUCCAUCUGGAGGAAGUUGGCAAUACAAAGGCGGUAGUGCUGGAGCUGGGUCAUACGGCACCUGGAAGCCAACAGGAGAUGCCUCUAGCGAGUCUUACUACUCGAGGCUGAAGAAAGGAGGUUAUGGUUCAUGGCAAGGUGGAGGUGGAGCAGAGACAGGUUCUGGAGGCACCCAAAGGCCGACUGGAGAUGCCUCUGGCGAGACUUACUAUUCGAGGUUGAAGAAGGGAAGUUACGGGUCUUACAAAGGUUGA